AUGCCUUCUCCCAGCUCGGAGACGCCGUCUACGCCGACCCUCUCCGCUCCGCUGGAUGAAGGAGGAUGGCCAGAGCUAUACCUCACCUGCAGCGAAUUGUCGUCCUCUUCAUCAAAGGGCGAGCUGUAUCAGUUCUUCGAAGGGCAUGCAAACACCGGCAACAUAUAA